AUGGACACAGACCUCUCUCCGCCCAAGGUCUACGCCUACGACGAAGUGCCAGAAAACAAGUCCUGGGCCGCAGCCCUCCCUGUGGCCAAAGGCUUGUACAACCCAGAAUAUGAAAAAGACGCCUGUGGUGUUGGUUUCACCUGCCACCUCAAGGGCUCUGCUUCCCACAAAAUCGUCAGCGACGCCAGAAACCUCCUCUGCAACAUGACCCACCGAGGCGGUGAGUUGAACCCCAAGGACGGAGACGGUGCUGGUUUGAUGCUGUCGCUUCCACACAAGUUCUUGCAAAGAGAGUUCAAGUACCACUGCGACGUGGACUUGCCGCCAUUGGGCCAGUACGGUACCGGUAACGUUUUCUUCAAGAAGGACGAGGCCGUGUACGAGAAGUCCCGUAACACUUUUGAAAAUAUCGCUUCUUCGCUUGGUCUCCGGGUUUUGGGCUGGAGAGCCGUUCCUCACGAUUCGUCCAUUUUGGGCCCCGCCUCUCUCUCCAGGGAGCCCUUGAUUUUGCAGCCAGCGGUGGUGCUUGCGGACGUUUACGGAACAGAGGUGUCGGACGAGGAGUUUGAAAAAUUGCACAAGAAGGACUUUGAAAAGAAGUUGUUCAUUUUGCGCAAGCAGCUGUCCCACACCAUUGGGCUCCACAACUGGUUCUACAUCUGCUCGCUCAAUGCCAAAACCAUAGUCUACAAGGGCCAAUUGGCGCCCAACCAGGUGUACGCCUACUACUACGAUUUGGCCAAUGCCGAGUUCGAGGCCCAUUUUGCCCUUGUUCACUCCCGUUUCUCCACAAACACUUUCCCUUCGUGGGACAGAGCGCAGCCGUUGAGAAUGGCAGCUCACAAUGGUGAAAUCAACACCUUGAGAGGAAACAAGAACUGGAUGCGAGCCAAGGAGGGCGUGAUGCGUUCGGAGUUGUUUGGCGAGGAAUUGGAAAAAUUGUACCCGAUCAUCGAGGAGGGCGGUUCCGACUCGGCGGCCUUUGAUAAUGUGUUGGAGUUGUUGGUGAUCAACGGCGUGCUCUCCUUGCCUGAGGCCGUCAUGACCAUGAUUCCCGAGGCCUGGCAGAACGACAAGAACAUCGACAUGAAGAAAAAGGCUUUUUAUGAAUGGGCCGCUUGUCUCAUGGAACCCUGGGACGGUCCUGCCUUGUUCACCUUUGCCGACGACAGGUACUGUGGUGCCAACUUGGACAGAAACGGUUUGAGACCGUGCAGAUACUACAUCACCGACGACGACAGGAUCAUCUGUGCGUCGGAGGUGGGUGUGAUUGACAUUGAGCCGGAGAAGGUGUUGCAGAAAGGCCGUUUGCAGCCAGGCAGAAUGUUGCUUGUGGAUACCAAGGAAGGAAGAGUGGUGGACGACCGUGAAUUGAAGCAGUCUGUGGCGUCCCGGUUCGACUUCAAAUCGUGGGUUUCCGCCAACAUGAUCACGCUUGACGACCUCAAUGCCAAGUUGACCGACAGGGAGAUUGACCUUGAGCACCAGAUCGAGGAGACUGCUGGAAACAUCACCGUGCAAACAGACCCCCGUUUGGUGGCAUUCGGCUACUCCCACGAGCAGAUCUUGAACAUUCUUCUGCCUAUGGCCGAGGGCAAGGAAGCUCUUGGAUCCAUGGGUAACGAUGCCGCUUUGGCCUGUGUUUCUGAACAACCCCGUUUGUUGUACGAGUACUUCCGCCAGUUGUUUGCCCAAGUCACAAACCCUCCCAUUGACCCGAUCAGAGAGGAGAUUGUCAUGUCGUUGGAGUGCUACGUGGGACCCCAAGGCAAUCUUUUGGAAAUGAAGCCCGACCAGUGCAACCGUUUGUUGUUGAAGUCGCCAGUUCUCUCCACGGGCGAGCUCAAUGCCAUCCGGAACAUCGAAAAAGUCUACCCCAAGUGGUCCAUCACCACCAUCGACAUCACCUUCGACAAGACCGAGGGCAUCCAGGGCUACAUCAACAAAAUCUCGGAAAUCUGCCAGGACGCCUCCAAGGCCAUUGCCGACGACCGCAAAAUCAUCAUUUUGUCUGAUAGAGCCACCUCGUUCGACAGAGUGCCCAUUUCUGCCUUGAUCGCUACCGGUGCUGUGCACCACCAUUUGGUCAGACAGAAGCAGCGUUCCAAGGUGGCCAUUCUUUUGGAAACUGCUGAAGCCAGAGAGGUGCACCAUGCUUGUUGUUUGGUGGGCUACGGUGCCGACGGUAUUAAUCCAUAUUUGGCGAUCGAGACGUUGAUCCGGAUGAAGAACGAGGGCUUGUUGAAGAAGCAGUUUUCCGACGAGCAGCUUGUCAAGAACUACAAGUACGCCGUGGACGCUGGUAUUUUGAAGGUCAUGUCCAAGAUGGGUAUUUCCACCUUGGCGUGCUACAAGGGUGCCCAGAUCUUCGAGGCGCUUGGUAUUGAUAAUUCGGUCAUUGAUCGUUGUUUCGCCGGCACGGCGUCCAGAAUCAAGGGUAUCACUUUCGAGUACAUUGCCCAGGACGCCUUUUCGCUUCACGAAAGAGGAUACCCUACCAGGGAGACUGUCAAGCCUGUGGCGCUUCCAGAAACCGGCGAGUACAACUGGAGAGACGGCGGAGAAAAGCACGUUAACGACCCUGCUGCCAUUGCCUCGAUGCAAGACGCCGUCAGAAACAAAAACGAAAAAGCCUACGACGCCUACUGCAAGAAGGAGUACGAGGCCAUCAAGAACUGUACGCUCAGAGGGCUUUUGGACUUUGACUAUGAGGGUGCAAAACCAGUCCCAAUCGACCAGGUCGAGCCCUGGACGGAAAUCGUUCGUCGUUUUUUCACCGGCGCCAUGUCGUACGGCUCCAUUUCCAUGGAGGCCCACUCCACGCUUGCCGUUGCCAUGAACAGAUUGGGUGGAAAGUCCAACACCGGAGAAGGUGGUGAGGAUUCCGCCAGGUCCCAGGUCAACGCCAACGGCGACACGAUGCGGUCAGCCAUCAAGCAAAUUGCGUCUGGUCGUUUUGGUGUGACGUCCUAUUAUUUGGCGGACGCCGACGAGUUGCAGAUUAAAAUGGCCCAGGGUGCCAAACCUGGAGAAGGUGGAGAGUUGCCAGGCCACAAGGUUUCAGAGCUGAUUGCCAAAACAAGACACUCGACGCCCGGCGUGGGUUUAAUUUCGCCUCCGCCCCACCACGAUAUCUACUCGAUCGAGGACUUGAAGCAGUUGUUGUACGACUUGAAGUGCCUGAACCCCAGAGCGAGAACAUCGGUCAAAUUGGUUUCUGAAGUUGGCGUGGGCAUUGUCGCUGCCGGUGUGGCCAAGGCCGGCUCGGAAAAUAUUCUUGUUUCUGGCGGUGACGGUGGCACUGGUGCUGCCAAAUGGACGUCCAUCAAGUACGCUGGAUUACCCUGGGAAUUGGGUCUUGCCGAAUCCCACCAAACUCUCGUUUUGAACGACCUCAGAGGCCGUGUGAUUUUGCAGACGGACGGCCAGAUCAAAACAGGCCGUGACAUCGCCAUUGCGUGCUUGCUAGGUGCUGAAGAAUGGGGUUUUGCAACCACUCCGUUGAUCGCCAUGGGCUGUAUUUUCAUGCGCCGUUGUGAGCUCAAUGUGUGUCCCGUGGGCAUUGCCACCCAGGAUCCAGAGCUUAGAAAGAAGUUCCAGGGCACUCCAGAACAUGUCAUCAACUUCUUCUACUACAUGGCGCAGGAGUUGAGAUCGUACAUGGCCAAGUUGGGAUUCCGGACCAUCAACGAGAUGGUGGGCCGUACGGAGGUGUUGAAGGUCAGAGACGACUUGAGAAACACCAAAAACGCCAAUAUCGACUUGCUGCCUAUCUUGACGCCAGCCCACACUAUCAGACCCGGUGUGGAUACCUACUGCGUGAGAAAGCAGGACCACCGUUUGCACGUCAGAAUCGACAACAAGUUGAUUGACGAGUCCGAGGUGACGUUGGAGAAGGGCUUGCCUGUGACCAUCGACUGCAAUGUCGUCAAUACUGACCGUUCCUUGGGUACCACCUUGUCGUACAGAGUCUCCAAGACGUUUGGUGAGCAAGGCUUGCCUCACGAUACUAUCCACGUUAACGUCAAGGGUUCUGCCGGCCAGUCGUUCGGUGCCUUUUUGGCGCCUGGGAUCACGUUGGAGCUUGAAGGUGAUGCCAACGACUACAUCGGUAAAGGUCUCUCUGGAGGCCGAAUUAUCGUGUAUCCACCUGCUGGAUCGAAGUUCAAGGCGGAGGACCAGAUUAUCGCCGGUAACACGGCCUUUUUCGGUGCCACGUCCGGUGCUGCUUUUAUCCGUGGUGUAGCUGCCGAGAGAUUUGCCGUUAGGAAUUCUGGGGCCACCAUUGUGGCUGAAGGAACUGGAGAUCACGGAUGUGAGUACAUGUCUGGCGGCCGUGUGGUGAUUUUGGGCUCUACGGGCCGGAAUUUCGCCGCUGGUAUGUGUGGUGGUAUUGCCUAUGUUUUGGACAUGGCUCAGGAUUUCAACCAGAAGGUGAAUGGUCAGACGGUGGAGCUUUCCAGCGUCACAGAGCCUUCGGAAAUCGCCUUCUUGAGAGGCUUGAUCGAGGACCACCGCCACUACACCGGUUCGGAAGUGGCUGGCCAGAUUUUGAACGACUUCAACCGGAUCUUGUCCCGUUUCGUCAAGGUCUUGCCUCACGACUACAAGAAGGUGCUUGAGCAGGAGAAGCAGAAGCAGGCGGAGGCCAAGAAGAACGAGUUGAACAGCUUCAUGAAGAACAUCAAGGAGGACCCCGACUGUGACGCUACUAAUGGUGAGGCUGCCAAAAUCAAGCAUGGCCAUGUUCACCGUGCUACAGCCGCCAAGGCCGGAUCCAAGGAACCCAAGGUGUUGGAUCUCGAGGACACCAUCACCAACCCGGAAACGGAAAAGAAGGCCGUGGCCCAGUUGGACAAGCUCCGUGGGUUCAUGAAGUACAAGAGGAGAAACGAAAAGUACAGAGACGCCAAGGCCAGAACCAAGGACUGGAACGAAAUGACGUCCCGGUUGACCAAGGACGAGCUCAAGCACGAAACCGCCCGUUGCAUGGACUGCGGUGUGCCCUUCUGUACUUCUGAUACUGGAUGUCCUAUUUCCAAUGUCAUUCCCAAGUGGAACGAGUUGGUGUUCAAGGACAGAUGGUACGACGCCUUGCAGCGGUUGAUGAUGACCAACAACUUCCCUGAAUUCACGGGCAGAAUCUGCCCUGCUCCUUGUAACGGUGCCUGUGUUUUGGGCAUCAACGAGGACCCUGUGAACAUCAAGUCUGUGGAAUGUGCCAUUAUCGACCACGGAUUCGAACAAGGCUGGAUUAAACCAGAGCCUCCAACCCACAGAACCGGCAUGUCUGUUGCUGUGAUUGGCUCGGGUCCUGCUGGAUUGUCUGCAGCUGACCAGUUGAACAAGGCAGGCCACAAGGUGACGGUUUAUGAAAGAGCAGACAGACCGGGUGGAUUGUUGAUGUACGGUAUUCCCAACAUGAAGUUGGACAAGCGUCUUGUCAAGAGAAGAACGGAUCUUUUGGCUGCGGAAGGUAUUGAAUUUAUUUGCAACACCGCCGUGGGCGACGACAUUUCUGUGGAGCAGUUGCAGUCGUCCAACGACGCUGUGAUUUUUGCCGUUGGCUCCACCAUCCCUAGGGACUUGAACAUCCCCGGCAGAGACCUCCAGAACAUCGACUUUGCCAUGAAGCUCUUGCACUCCAACACCAAGGCGCUUUUGGACAAUACUCUCGAGGAAAUCCGCAAGCAGGUUUCUGGAAAAGACGUUAUCGUCAUUGGAGGCGGAGACACCGGUAACGACUGUUUGGGUACUUCCACCAGACACGGCGCCAAGUCCGUCACCAACUUUGAGUUGUUGCCUACUCCUCCAGAUGCCAGACCAAAAGACAACCCAUGGCCUCAAUGGCCUCGUGUUUUUAGAGUCGACUACGGACACUCGGAGGUGGCUGCUCAUUACGGCAAGGACCCCAGAGAGUACUCUAUUCUCUCGAAGGAGUUUGUCGAUGACGGUGAAGGAAACGUCAAGGGCAUCAAGACCGUCAGAGUCGAGUGGAAGCGUUCUGACUCUGGCGCCUGGCAGAUGGCCGAGGUGCCUGGAUCCGAGCAGUUUUUUGCAGCCGACAUUGUGCUUUUGUCGAUGGGUUUCCUUGGUCCUGAAACCGACAAGCUUUCGGUGGACAAGACCAAGCGAGGCACCAUUUCCACGGCCGACCCUAGUGGUUACCGUGUGUCCGGCCAGGAGAACCUUUUCGCUGCCGGCGACUGUAGGAGAGGCCAGUCGUUGGUGGUCUGGGGUAUCCAGGAAGGCCGCCAGUGUGCUCGUGAGGUGGAUAAUUAUCUUAUGGGUGCUACGAGGUUGCCAGGAAACGGCGCUGUGGAGCAGAGAAACUUCAAGUUGUUGGAGGAGCUUGCGGAGAAGGUCUGA